AUGGCGUCGAUAUCGCCCAUCGUCGCCAACGCGCAGAUCAAGCAUGCCGAGCUUCUUCGACCUCUCCCCUUUUAUCUGCACACCUACAUCUGGCCCUUCGCAUUCAUCUGGCCCGUCUUCCUGCGAUACUAUCUUACCCCGGAACUCUAUGACAAGCACAUCGGUGGUGAGGAGUGGACCUUUGUCUGGUGCGCCUCCAUCAUCACCAUCCAGUCUCUCUUCUGGCUCAGCACUCACUGGAGUGUUGACUUGGCCGCCCGCUUCACGGCUUCUCGCGUCAAGUCUAUAGAGGAAGCUCAGCUCAUCAAAGUCCAUCCCAUUGUCAACGCUGGUUCACCAGAGAUCUGCAGCCUGACCAGAGAUAGGUCUGGCGGCAAAUCCAACCUCUCUUUCCUCUUCCAGAAGCGCCGCUUCCUCUACGACCCCGAGACCAAGACCUUUGACACGCUCAAGUACGAUAUUGACCUCGAGCCCAAGCCCACCAUCGGCCACUUCCAGUCGUCGCGCGGCAUCGACAACCAGGUUGAGCUGUCCCGUCUCGAGCAGCACUAUGGAUCCAACACGUUCGACAUCCCCGUCCCAUCAUUUUCUGAGCUGUUCAAGGAGCACGCUGUUGCUCCCUUCUUCGUCUUCCAGAUCUUCUGUGUUGGUCUGUGGCUGCUCGACGAGUACUGGUACUAUUCCCUCUUCACCCUCUUCAUGCUGGUCACUUUUGAGAGUACCGUGGUGUGGCAGCGCCAGCGCACCCUCAACGAGUUCCGGGGUAUGAGUAUCAAGCCUUACGACAUCUGGGUCUUCCGCCUCGGCAAGUGGGUCGAGGUUCAGAGCGACGCUCUUCUCCCUGGCGACCUCGUCUCUGUUGGCCGCACAAAGGAGGACAGCGGUGUUGCCUGCGAUAUGCUCCUGGUAGAGGGUACCGCUAUUGUCAACGAAGCCAUGCUUUCGGGCGAGAGUACGCCUCUGCUCAAGGACUCCGUUCAGCUCCGCCCUGCCGACGCGCCCAUCGACACCGAGGGUCUGGACAAGAACGCCUUCCUCUGGGGUGGUACCAAAGUUCUCCAGGUCAGCCACGGUAACCCCGAGGUGGAGAAGCCCAAGCUCACUUCUGGUGUCCCCACUCCCCCUGACGAUGGUGCCAUGGCCAUUGUCAUGAAGACUGGCUUUGAGACGUCCCAGGGCAGCCUGGUCCGUACCAUGAUAUACUCCACCGAGCGUGUCGGUGCUGGAAACGUCGAGGCCCUGUUCUUCAUUCUGUUCCUUUUGGUGUUCGCCAUCGCCGCCUCAUGGUACGUCUGGGACGAGGGUGUCCGCAAGGACCGCAAGCGUUCUAAGCUCAUGCUUGACUGCGUCUUGAUCAUCACCAGCGUCGUUCCCCCCGAGCUGCCUAUGGAGCUGAGCUUGGCCGUCAACACUAGUCUGGCUGCCCUCGCGAAGCUGGCCAUCUUCUGCACCGAGCCCUUCCGAAUCCCCUUUGCCGGCCGCAUUGACAUUGCUUGCUUUGACAAAACAGGUACCCUGACCGGCGAGGAUCUCGUCGUCGAGGGUAUCGCCGGACUCGGACUCGCCCACAGGGAGAUCCAUGACAAGAAGGAUGCCGAUGGCGCACACUCGACUAUCAUCGCUGUUCACAACGCUAGCAUGGAGACCCAGCUAGUCCUAGCUACUGCCCACGCUCUGGUCAAGCUUGACGAGGGCGAGAUCGUCGGUGACCCCAUGGAAAAGGCUACCCUCGGCUCUCUCGGAUGGACUCUUGGCAAGAACGACACCCUGUUCAGCACCAGCAAGGCCGGUGGCGCCCACGGAAACGUCCAGAUCAAGCGCCGCUUCCAGUUCUCCUCGGCCCUGAAGCGCCAGAGCUCCAUCGCUAUGGUUCACGGCACCGACUCCAAGACUGGAAAGAAGCUUAAGGGAACCUUUGCCGGUGUCAAGGGAGCCCCCGAGACUAUCAUGAGGAUGCUCGUCGAGGUCCCUGCCGACUACGAGGAGACGUACAAGUACUUCACCCGCAAGGGCUCUCGUGUCCUGGCGCUGGCCUACAAGCAACUCACUGUCGACUCCGAACUCGGUGCCAGCAAGAUCAAUGACCUCAAGCGAGACAAGGUCGAAUCAGACCUCAUCUUUGCCGGCUUCCUCGUGCUCCACUGCCCGCUCAAGGACGACGCCAAGGAGGCUGUCCAGAUGCUCAACGAGAGCAGCCAUCGCGUCGUCAUGAUUACCGGAGAUAACCCCCUGACUGCCGUGCACGUGGCCCGCGAGGUCGAGAUUGUAGACCGUGAGGCCCUCAUCCUGGACGCCCCUGAGGACGACAAGAGCAGCGACAAGCUCGUAUGGAAGAGUGUCGACGACAAGAUUAGCAUCCCCGUCGACCCGACCAAGCCCAUUGACCCCGAGAUCAUCAAGACCAAGGAUAUUUGUGUCACCGGCUACGCCCUCGCCAAGUUCAAGGAUCAGCAGGGAUGGAAUUCGCUGCUGCGCAACACGUGGGUGUACGCCCGUGUGUCGCCCAAGCAAAAAGAGGAGAUCCUUCUCGGCCUCAAGGACAUGGGAUACUACACCCUCAUGGCUGGUGACGGAACCAACGAUGUCGGUGCUCUCAAGCAGGCCCACAUCGGUAUCGCCCUUCUCAACGGCACGGCUGAUGACCUGACGCGCAUCGCCGAGCACGCUCGCAACACGAGGAUUAAGGACAUGUACCAGAAGCAGGUUGACAUGAUGAAGCGCUUCAACCAGCCCGCACCUCCUCCUCCCGUCCUGAUCGCUCACCUGUACCCUCCCGGACCCACGAACCCCAGCUUCGCCAAGGCGUGCGAGCGCGAGGCCAACAACAAGAAGAUGCCCGUCGAGGAGUACAUCAAGUCCCUGGGCCACCCCGCCGAGACUGUUACCUCCCCUGCCGCCCAGGAGCUUAUCAACAGCAGUCGGUCCCUUCGCCAGCAGAAUGCCUCGCAGCAGGCUGCCGGGUUGGCUGACAAGUUCACGACCAGCAUGCUGGAGAAUGAAUUGGGCGAUGACGAACCCCCGACCCUCAAGCUAGGAGACGCCUCGGUCGCCGCCCCCUUCACGUCCAAGCUUCGCAACGUUAUCGCCAUCCCCAACAUCAUCCGCCAGGGCCGAUGCACGCUGGUCGCCACGAUUCAGAUGUACAAGAUCCUGGCGCUCAACUGCCUCAUCAGCGCUUACUCCCUGUCUGUUCUCUACCUCGAGGGCAUCAAGUUUGGUGACACGCAGUACACGAUCAGUGGUAUGCUCAUGUCUGUCUGCUUCCUCAGCAUCUCUCGCGCUCGCGUCGUCGAGGGGCUCAGCAAGGAGAGGCCUCAGCCCAACAUCUUCAACGUCUACAUUAUCGGGUCUAUUCUCGGACAGUUUGCUGUGCACAUUGCUACGCUUAUCUAUGUGGCUCGUCUCUGUGACAAGAUCGAUCCCCGCUCUGACGACAUCGACCUCGAGGCCGAGUUCACUCCGUCCCUUCUAAACUCAGCCGUCUACCUCCUUCAGCUGAUCCAGCAGAUCUCCACUUUUGCCAUCAACUAUCAGGGCCGCCCCUUCCGCGAGUCACUCUCGGAAAACAAAGGCAUGUACUACGGAAUCGUCGGCGUCUCCGCCCUGGCCUUCAUCUGCGCCCUAGAGCUCAUCCCCGAGAUCAACGAGGGCAUGAAGCUCGUGCCUUUCACCGAAGAGUUCAAGAUGAAGAUGACGACGUCCAUGGUCCUCGACUAUGGCCUGUGCUACGUCAUUGAGUUUGGUCUCAAGCACUUCUUUAGUGACUACCGCCCGCGCGACAUUGCCGAGCGUCGUCCCGACCAGCUGGAGCGUGAGGCUGUCCGUAAGGCUGUUGCAGAUGCGAAGAAGGUGCAGGAGGAGGAGGAAAAGCAGCGCCUCAAGAAUGAGGAAUUCGAGCGCAAGGUUGAGGAGCGCAGGAGGAAGAUUGAGGAGUGGCGGGCCGGAAGGCGUUAA